AUGCCCUUAUCAUCUAGUUUGGAGGACAAAAGGUAUGAGCCUGUAGUCAAAAUGUGUGGCAUUACAUCUGCCAUCGAUGCUGAGAUGGCUGUGAAGGCUGGAGCUAAAUUAAUUGGGAUGAUUGUUUGGCCCAACUCCAAACGCUCUGUUCCAUUGUCUGAAGCCAAAGAGAUAUCCAGAGUGGCCAAAUCUUAUGGGGCUGAAUCAGUGGGUGUGUUUGUGGAUGACAAUUAUAGUAGUAUCUUGAGAGCAUCUGAUUCAUGCAACCUCGAUCUUAUCCAGCUUCAUGGAGAUAGCUCCCGAGAACUACUUCCUCUGCUUUGGAAAAACAACAGGAUUAUAUAUGUGCUAAAUGCUGAUGAGGAUGGUAAACUUAUCAAUGCUCCUCCAAGUGAGGAAUAUGUUCUUGAUUGGUUUUUGGUGGACAGUGCAAAAGGUGGAAGUGGCAAAGGGUUCAACUGGGAAAAAUUCCAAAUGCCAACUGUUAAAAGCAAGAACGGCUGGUUAUUAGCAGGAGGCCUUCAUGCGGAUAACGUUCACCAAGCCGUUUGUGCUCUGAAGCCAAAUGGCCUGGAUGUUAGCAGUGGGAUAUGUUAUCCUGAUGGUCUACGGAAAGACCAGAAGAGAAUGUGUUCCUUCAUGAGCAAUGUAAAAACUUUGAAUCUCCUCUAA